GCGCAGAUUAUGGCCGUCUUGGCAAGCGGCAGACUUGGGACGGCAUCUUUUCCCAGCGAGUCCCUGGAGAGCUGCGGAAAAAGCGAUCUUUGACUUGGGAGACGGUGCCUGGCUCGUUAAUCUCCUGCCUGAGGCUGGUUGGCUGCAACUGACAGCUGGAGCAAGCCUCCAUUGCAGGCUGCAGCACUUUCCUUCUCCUCCGCAAAAGCCGGAGCGGAGUGUGAUUGGCAUGCGCAGCUGGGCAAACAGAUCGGGCUGGAGGAGGCUAAGCGGUGGAGCCAGAGGGAUCGGCCGGGGCACUCUAAGGGCCGGGGCGACGGAAGGGUAUCUACCAGCUCCGUGUCUCGAGCUGGUCGCAACGGGCAUGAAGGACUGGUAAGCGCCGUGGCGACUGGAGCAGCCCAGGUCAGCCAUGCUAUCCAGGAAGGGGAUCAUCCCGGAGGACUACGUUCUGACCCGCCUUGCAGAAGAUGUCCCUGAUCACGCCCGCUACCGCGCCCGGGAAAGGAGGGCCAGGUUCGUGGGCAAGAACGGCACGUGCAAUGUGGCACACAAGAACAUCCGGGAGCAGGGCCGCUUCUUGCAGGACGUCUUUACCACGCUGGUGGACCUGAAGUGGCCUCACACGCUGAUCAUCUUCACCAUGUCUUUCCUAUGCAGCUGGCUGCUCUUUGCCAUGAUCUGGUGGCUCAUUGCCUUUGCUCACGGGGACCUAGACCAGAGUACCCAGAUGCACCUGCGGGGUGGCAAUGGGGGAUUGGGGGCAGGUGAGUUUGUGCCCUGUGUCACUGAAAUACACUCCUUUACUUCAGCUUUCCUCUUUUCCAUAGAGGUGCAGGUGACUAUUGGCUUUGGGGGGCGCAUGAUGACCGAGGAGUGCCCAGCUGCCAUCUUCAUCCUGAUUGUGCAGAACAUUGUAGGGCUGGUGCUCAACUCCAUCAUGCUGGGUUGCAUCUUCAUGAAGACUGCACAAGCUCACCGACGUGCUGAGACGCUCAUCUUCAGCAAGCAUGCUGUGAUCGCCCUCCGUGAGGGAAAACUCUGUUUUAUGUUGCGUGUCGGGGAUUUGCGCAAGAGCAUGAUCAUCAGUGCCACCAUACGCAUGCAAGUGGUGAAGAAGACCAGCAGCCUAGAAGGUGAGGUAGUGCCCCUCAACCAGAUAGAUAUCCAAAUGGAAAACCCAGUAGGGGGCAAUAGUAUCUUUCUGGUCUCCCCACUCAUCAUUUACCAUGUAAUAGACAAGAACAGUCCUCUCUAUGAAGUCUCUUCAACGAGCCUGAAUCAUCAUGAGGAUUUGGAAGUCAUAGUCAUCCUUGAAGGGGUAGUAGAAACCACUGGCAUCACCACCCAAGCCAGGACAUCCUAUCUGGCUGAUGAGAUACUCUGGGGCCAAAGGUUUGUACCUAUUGUGGCAGAAGAGGAUGGGAAAUACUCUGUAGAUUACUCUAAAUUUGGCAACACUGUGAAGGUUCCCACUCCUAACUGCACUGCCAAGCAACUGGAGGAAGACAGUAGCAUCAUGGCCGCAAUCUCCUUGUCACCUAGAGGUACCAUAAGGAAAAGGUCCGUUAGGUUAAAGCCCAAAUUUACUAUAGCGGAUGAGCCUUCCUGACAACCCAUAGACCCAUCUCUUGAGUCUGACUAAUGCAAUAAAUAUACACUGAUAUGGCCUCUAUUUCUCGUAUUCAGGUUAAUUUACAAAGUAUGUAAUAUAUUGUUUGGUACAAGACAUCUAAUGAAAAGUGGCCGUACAUAAGCAUUCUAACUUUCUUAUUUAUUUACACAAUCAUUUGGGGUAGAUAAACAAAAAUGGGGGGGGGAUGCCUUUUCACAUGAAUUUUUUCUAUGUAUUGGGCUAUUUAUGCUGUCACUUGAUCUAAAGUUUCAAACUGCUAUAUAAAAACAUACCUCAGUCCCACUACAGCAAGAGGGUUCGAUUCCAUGGACUUUAUAACAAAAACGUUAUUGUUUGUGAUAAAAGGCAGAUGGUAAUUCUGAAGGUUAAAGAUAAAAUAAAGAAAUGAAUGUUUAUAUUAAUUUAAUCCACAGAUAAUUUGAAUGGAGUCUUUUGUGAGUAUGAGAUCUGUAGUUUUAUUGCAUUUAUGAAUUGUAUUGUAAUUAGUUCAAUUUGUGUACUCAAUUUAUGCUUGCUAUAGCAAGUUAAAAAAUGGGUUCCAAAAAUAUUAGGUAAUUACAAGAAACAUUUGUAAUAGUGCCUGCACCAGAAUUGGUGAAAAUGCUGAUUUUGUAUUGCUUAUAAUAAAUGCAAGAUUAGAUUAUCUGAUUUAGUAGCUAUUGAGGGACAAAUAGACAAGCAACCUUUUAAAGUUGGAUCCUUCCAGCUGCCUAAAAGUGCUGGGGGUCAUUUGAAAACAGCAGAAGUUUGCUUUAAAAAAAUCUGAGACAGGCUGUUCAAAUUAAAAUGAAGGAAUUAUGCUGUGCCUGUACACUGAUACUUUUAUACUUUUAGACUCAAACAAUAGUUGUAAGUCAGGAGCAACAGCAGUACUGAAAAUUGUGUUGGGGACAGUUUGCCUAACAAAUAUAAACUGCACACCCAUGUUGUUAAUUUUCUUUACUUUAAAAUCAUGACAAGAAGAGAGAGUUGCCUUUGGUCAGGUGCAUAUUGAUGGUACAUUUGAAGGAACAAUUCAUGGGCAGCUAUUAAUAGAGAAAUCUUGUUGAACCCUAAUGCUGGAUCUGAACACUGAACAGGGCUUUGACAACCCAAAUCACAACAUUAGAUCUGAACAUUCUGAACUAGUAUUGUUGAAGGCUUUCACGGCCGGACUCAAAGUAUAUGCAAUGCUACCUUAUUUAUCAACUGAACUAAUUUAUGAGUCUGAAUUGUAAUUCCAAAGGUAAAAUCCCAAUGCAUGUUAAAUAUACAUGUACUAGAUUUUAAUACAUUUGCAUGUUUUGAAAGACUUGUUACUCAUGCAAAAUAGAAUGCCUGUGCUGAAAAAAAACCUGAUAAUGUUUCUUUAAUCCUCUGCACAAUAUUAUUCAUAAUAUGGAAAGAGCCCUUUGUUAUGGCAUUAAGAAAAAGAACAAAAAUGAAUAAUUUAAUGUACUGGUAGCUAAAAAACAAAAAAGCUGCAUUUAUUAUAAAAUAAAUUUUGCUAAAAUGAA